UCGGUCGUGGAACAUCAACAAAGCGAGUUGAUUUUUACUUUUCUCAACAUCGGUGGUCCCCGUGUUGGUUAGGUUCGGUUCAUUGAUCUCUUGCUGGAUGAUUUCUGUCAUGCUCGUAAUCACCGCUUGCGUGGUUAUUUUUUCUCGUGUGGCAAAAAUUAGAUUCGGUCGAUUUGGUGAGCAUCAAGAGUGGAGAUGAGCCACAGCCUACUUCUUGUCGGUCAACGUCGUAUAUUGAUUCGCGAUUUCUCAUCUGGUCGUGGUCGGUCUGGUUUGACACCUCCUGAGGACUUGAAGAAAGACAAAGAUCAGCAUUUUGAAUUAUCUAUAAAGGUAACUUUGAUUUCCGUCUAUGAAUACUCGCUCAUGAUCACAGGACGCGAAUUACCCCAUCGCGGACAGAGUGCAUGAUACAUAUUGCAUCUCUGUUCUUAAGUGUCCCCUGUGUAUGUACCUAUUCAACACUUGAUUUUAUUAAUAAUUUCUUGAAAUAAAUAAGUAAGACAAACAUUCUGUACGGCAUGAUGCGCGUCGCCAGGCCACGUAUUGCCUUUCUUCUGGGUGUGGCCUGUGCGACCAGCCCGGGUGGUGUUGACGUUGUGGUGAUGGGCCGCAAAGUGGAGACGCGGACGCAAAUCCAGCAGCAGAAGCUGGAAGUCGAAAUGCAGAAACUGGGCACGAUUACGCCCGGUAACGACGCGUCACACGAAUGCUACCAGGGAGAAAACCCUCCCACCCCGAUCAAAAAAGACUUCGGAGGAUGCGAUGGCGGCGAGAGGUGCAAGUUUCUGUGCAAGGGUUUGGUCAGGGAAUACAACGAGAAGCAUAAAAAUGACAUGAUCACAUGCCAAUCGCACGACGGCGCUGCGGGUCCGGACAACGCCUCGGCGGACAUGAAGCACGGGUACACGCCGACCGUGGAUUGUGCGAACGACCCAGGGUACAACUAUCGCCAGGAAAGCUGUCUUCGUGCAAGAUCUUUUGGACAUUCAUUCAGCAGCUCAGACGGACAUGGAAGAUGA